AAGAAAAGCACAGAAACAGAAUCAUGCUACAAUGCGCAUUACCUAACCGAAUGUCUUGAAACCUUAUACACAAACGCACGAAUUGUCAAUCCAAUCAAUGCAUAUUGGCUUCGCUCGUUUGCAGAUUUCUCCUUUGCUUGUGAUAAAUUUGACGAUGCCCUGACGCUUUAUAUGGAAGCAUGCGUAGCGUGUAGCGGUCCUUCGCUGAAGUCCUCCUUACCGGCCAACAUUGUUGAUGAUAUGGUUGGUCAAUAA